CCUAAGGCCGCCACACCCGCCGCCGCCGCCGCCGCCGCAAUGCAAGCCGCCGCCGCCGUCCACCGGCCGCACCUCCUCGCGGCGUCCCCGCUCGGGGGCCGCGCCAGCCGGCGGCCGUCCACGGUCCGCAUGGCGCUCCGCGAGGACGGGCCCUCCGUGGCCAUCGUGGGCGCCACCGGCGCGGUGGGGCAGGAGUUCCUGCGCGUCAUCACCGCCCGCGACUUCCCCUACCGCAGCCUCCGCCUCCUCGCCAGCGAGCGCUCCGCGGGCAAGCGCAUCGACUUCGAGGGACGGGGCUACACCGUCCAGGACCUCGCGGCGCCGGGGGCUUUCGAGGGCAUCGACAUCGCGCUCUUCAGCGCCGGCGGCGGCGUCAGCCGCGCCCACGCGCCCGCCGCCGUCGCCAGCGGCGCCGUCGUCGUGGAUAACAGCUCGGCGUACCGGAUGGACCCCGACGUGCCGCUCGUCAUCCCCGAGGUCAACCCCGAGGCCAUGGCCGACGUCCGGCUCGGGAAAGGGGCUAUCGUGGCCAACCCCAACUGUUCCACCAUCAUCUGCCUCAUGGCUGUCACGCCGCUGCAUCGCCACGCCAAGGUGAAAAGGAUGGUUGUCAGCACAUACCAAGCAGCAAGUGGUGCUGGUGCUGCAGCCAUGGAAGAACUCAAACUUCAAACUCAAGAGGUCUUGGAAGGAAAGCCACCAACCUGCAACAUUUUCAGUCAACAGUAUGCUUUUAAUAUAUUUUCGCAUAAUGCACCUAUUGUUGAAAAUGGCUAUAAUGAGGAAGAGAUGAAAAUGGUGAAGGAGACCAGAAAAAUCUGGAAUGACAAGGAUGUAAGAGUAACCGCGACUUGUAUACGGGUUCCUACGAUGCGUGCACACGCUGAAAGCGUGAAUCUACAGUUUGAAAAGCCACUUGAUGAGGACACUGCCAGAGAAAUCUUGAGGGCAGCUCCUGGUGUUACCAUUAGUGACGACCGUGCUGCCAACCGCUUCCCCACACCACUGGAGGUAUCGGACAAAGAUGAUGUAUCAGUUGGUAGGAUCCGUCAGGACCUGUCGCAAGAUGAUAACAGAGGGUUGGAGUUAUUUGUCUGUGGAGACCAGAUACGUAAAGGCGCCGCGCUGAACGCCGUGCAGAUUGCUGAAAUGCUACUGAAGUGACCGCUUUUCUACCAUUGUCUCAUGUGCCACAUUGCUCUAUCCGUUGAUGGAUUGAUGUACUUCUUGUCACUUUCAACCCAGUUUUGGUCGUCGUCUUUUUUGUAAUCUGUCAAGAAGUGUAAGACGGGCUUUAGUCAUCUGUUGCACACAUAAGUGCAGUCAGAAGUUUAGAAAAGGAGGGUUUUCACUUGUUUGGAUUUUGCCUUAGGUUGGUCUUCGUUGCAAGUUUGUUGUUUGUUUUUUGAAAGCUGGUCUUCUGUAACUUUACCCCCAAAGCCCUCGAGAUAACGAGGCGUCCUGUGGGGAUCUAUAUGAAGGGCAACGUGUGUACCAUGCAACAAA